AUGCAGGACACGAGCCGGUGUGAGUCCGUUAUCACUCGGGCGCCGACCACUGGCGUAGUUGAGUCUGCCUCUGCGCCUCCUGCUGCCGCAUCGGCUGUUCUACAUCGCCAGAUCCAUCACGAGUUUCCAUCUAUUGUCCGUGGUGAGGGCAGUUACCUCAUCUUGGAUGACGGCCGGCGCAUUCUAGACGCCUCCGGCGGUGCAGCCGUCGCUUGCAUCGGCCACGGUGAUGGCCGCGUGGCCGACUCUGCCAUGGCCCAGAUGCGAUCCGCAGCGUACUGUGCCACUAUCUUUUACACGAACACGGCCUGCGAGCAGCUGUGCCGUUAUCUCGUUGACUCGACCGGCGGCCACAUGGCCCGAGCCUACAUUGUUUGCUCCGGCUCCGAGGCUAUGGAGGCCGCUUUGAAGCUAGCCCGCCAGUACUACUUGGAAAAGGCAGAGCCAGAGCCGCGGCGCACCCGUUUCAUCGCCCGUAACCGGUCGUACCACGGCAUCACGCUUGGCGCGCUGGCUGUGGGUGGCCACAAGACACGGCGUCAGCUGUUCGAACCGUUGAUGCCGAAGAACAUCUCGCAUGUUUCCCCGUGUUUUGCCUACCGCGGCAAGACGGCAGACGAGUCGGACGCUGCUUACGUGUCCCGCUUGGCCGACGAGCUGGAUGCCGAGUUCCAGCGCGUGGGUCCGGACACAGUCUGUGCCUUUGUGGCCGAGCCUGUCGUCGGUGCAGUGUGUUCUCUCGUUCUCUUCGCUCUCGGCUCCGUGCCAUCGGUGCCUGGAUACUUCAAGGCUAUCCAGGCCGUGUGCCGCAAGUACGGCGCCCUGUUGAUUUUGGACGAAGUUAUGUGCGGUAUGGGGCGCACCGGCACUCUGCACGCCUGGCAGCAGGAGGGCAUCGCACCUGAUAUUCAGACGAUUGGCAAGUGCCUGGGAGGCGGAUAUCAGCCCAUUGCCGGCGUCCUGGCUAGCCACGGUGUCAUUGAUGUCCUCAGCAAAGGCACCGGCGCCUUCGUCCAUGGACACACCUACCAGGGCCACCCCGUCGCCUGUGCCGCCGCCCUCGCCGUGCAGCGUAUUAUUGCCGAGGAGGACCUGUUGGCCAACGUGCGCACACUCGCCCCCGUCCUCUCAGAUCUGCUUGUCCAGCGGCUGGGCGACCACCCCAACGUCGGCGACAUCCGCGGCCGCGGCUUCUUCUGGGGUAUCGAGUUCGUACAGGACAAGGCUGCAGCGCGGCCGUUCCCUGCCGCGGACCAUGUGGCCAUGGAGAUUGCAGAGCUGGGCGUCGCCACUGCCGAUUAUGCUGUUGCCGUCUAUCCCGGUUCAGGCACGGCCGACGGAGUGUCAGGCGACCACAUCAUCCUCUCGCCGCCGUACAACGUGACGAAGGCAGAGAUCCACACGAUUGUCGACCGGGUGGCACGGUUGGUUGAAGACUACUUUGCGACGAAGAAAGAUGCCGGGCUGGUGGAUGCCAAGUUAUGA